AUGGAAAGAGAGCAUGAUUACUGCGCUUUAAUGCGCAGCCUUGAGGAACUUGAUUUCAGGGGAAAAUCAGUGCCAAGUGACCUUGUGUUAACAGGCCAUAAUGCCAUUCCACUUUCCAUGAACCCAAGAGGUCAAGUCCUAAUGGCUGCAUCUCGUUAUGGCCAAGGACGUAUAGUAGUGUUGGGCCAUGAGACAUACUUGACACGUUUCCCAGGCCUAGUGGAGAAUGCCUUGGCUUGGCUAAUGCCAGCUGAUUGUACAAGCAGUACAAUUGGCAUUCGUAGUAAUCUUAAAAAAAUUGUUGACAACUUAUGCUACAGCUCUGUAAAAACCCAGCUGGGAGACUUCAAAAGUGAUUUGGCAGUCUACGUAUGUGAUGCUUACAGUGUUGAAUCAUGUACAAAAGAGUUGGUCACUUUUCUUAAAAGUGGUGGAGGCUUGCUCAUUGCUGGCCAGGCCUGGAGCUGGGCUCAGCGCCAUCCAGGAGAGAAUGCUUUGCUGAACUUUCCUGGAAAUAAGGUGUGCAGUGUGGCAGGAAUCUAUAUCUCAGAACUUCCAGGGGAGGUCGGCAAAUUUCCUGUGCCCAUGCAGAUUCCUUCCAGCUGGCUGGCAGUAUCAAUAGGCAAGGACUUUAAAGAAGACCUAGAGUUCCUACUGCAAGGUGUUUCUGAGUUUGAUGUCCAAGGUGCGGCUUUAGGAUCAGAGCUAAUGGCACAUGGACCAUUAUCCUUUCCUAUUGCACUUACCUCAUGUGGCAGAGCAUUCAUUGCUGGGGCUUUUUAUGGACAAGGAAGAAUUAUUGUGGCCUCUCAUGAAGGAUAUCUUGGUCGAGAUUCACUUUCUACUUUCUUGAUUAAUGCAGUUCGCUGGCUUGAUGAGGGGCGCAAUGGGAUCAUUGGCAUCAUGCCCCAACUUAAAGCAACCCAUAACAUUUUGAGCAAGUCAGGACUACGGUGCCAGUUCACUGGCUUUAGAGAAGACCUCAGUGUCUAUGUCUGCACAUCCUACAGUGAUGCCCAAUGUAAGGAGAUCCAGGAAUUCGUUGCUGAAGGCAGUGGUCUCCUGAUAGGAGGGCAUGCCUGGUACUGGGCUCAGAGCAACCCUACUCGCAAUGUGAUGACUGAUUGCCCUGGAAACCGUAUCCUAACUAAAAUGGGACUAAGUAUCAUGGGUAAUCCAUUGACAGGUGGCUUGUAUAAGGUCCGACCAAUACCUCAAGGAGGAGAUGAUGUUUCACAGACAUACCACUUCCGGGACAUGCUGCAGCGCUUUGCUGGACAUGUCAUCCAGGGUCAGGGCUUAUCCAAUAAAGAACAGGAGAAUCUAAAGAGGCUGAGAAGUGACUGCACAAAUUUUCUUAGCAUGCGUGCUUUUGACAGUGUUUCUUACAGUUCAGUGGUGUCAGUGCUUACAGACAUAGUAAAGGAGGGAGGAGUUCCUCAAGUAAGUUCAGGCACUGUUAAAAGUGACAAGGAUAAACUGCUGCUUCAUGUAGGAACAGAGGUGUACAAGGUUUGCCAAGACCCUGAUGCCCUUUUGCCAUAUAUUAUCAAAGAUAUACCCAACCUACCCACAGUGUCCAACGCAAGAGUCCGGAUCAGUGCAGACACAGCAGGUGGUGAAGAAUGGUUAAGCACAGGUCUCUAUCUUUCACCUGGAAUGAGGACUUACAUUGCAGUACCCAAAGAAAUUGUGGGCAAAGGUUGGAAGCUUCAGAUUGGGUGUCAGACAGAUAACUUAAGCAAUGCAGAUGUGCUGCGAAGGGCUCCAGUGGUACAUACACGAUUUCCUUUGGACAAAGAGAUGGUGCAGGUCUCGAACCUGUGGGGAGGGCUCAUAUUCCUGAUCUCACCAUCUACAAGUAAAGUAAAAGGGGCAGAAUUUGUUGUGCAGACAUCCAUAAGGGCACCGUACUACAAAUCUGGAGUGACCACUGUGGCGGACUGGGUGCAGAAAAUCCGCAAUGCCCCAGCUCCAUGGGCAGAGCUGGAAUUUGAGAAUCUCAUCAUUACUCUACAGUCAGAUGAUGUUCGAAAUCUGGACCAUCCUAACAAGGUGGCGGAUCUCUGGGAUUCCAUUAUGCGGGGUGUGACUGAGCUGGCUGCAAAGCCUCCCAAGUUACCACGCAAAGAGCGUUUUGUCGCUGAUGUUCAGAUCUCUGCUGGUUUUAUGCAUGCCGGUUACCCUAUUAUGAUGCACGGUACCUCUGCCCCAGAACUUCUCAAAAUUGACAAAGCUCGCCAACAGGGGUUUUGGGGUGCCAUCCACGAAUUGGGUCAUAACCAGCAAUGCGGAGUGUGGGAGUUCCCUCCACAUACCACCGAGUGCACCUGUAACCUGUGGUCUGUGUAUGUACAUGAGGAGGUGCUGGGCCUGAACAGAGCCAAAGCUCAUGAGGCCAUGGUGUUAGAAAAACGACAAGGUAGAGCUCAGAGUUACUUUAAGGGUGGUAGGAAGCUGGAAGAUUGGACAGUGUGGACAGCACUGGAAACGUACAUGCAGCUGCAGGACAAGUUUGGCUGGGAUGCCUACAAGAAAGUCUUCUCAGCCUACCAAAGCAUGCCUAAUGUCCCUACAAACAAUGCUGGCAAGAUGAACCUGUACGCUGAAACAUUCUCCAAGGUGGUCAACAUGAAUCUGUCUCCAUUCUUCAAAUCCUGGGGUUGGCCCAUUGAGCCUAGCACUGAGAAAACACUCUCCAGCCUGCCCGAGUGGAGUGACCAUCCUAUGGUUCAGUAUGCUUAGCAAGCUGUAGAUCAGUCUAGAUUCAGGCUGAAGUUUAGAUGGAGAUGAUUCUGCAGCUCAGAGGAAGUAGGUGGAGGUGGUGGGGAGGGGGCUUAACAUGUCAGGAGGGCUGAAAUUUCUACUGCUUUUCAUGGGUGGUGGCAUGGUAUUAACUGUUACAUAAAAAUAUAUCAGCUUCAUUCAGUUUCAACUGGAUUUUGAAAAACAUUUAUAGACAGGAGUGGACUAUGUAUUAAGAAUAAAUGAACUGUAUAAAUAUAUUUAAAUGACGAUUUAUAUUUAAUAAAAUAAAAAAACAAAUACAUAAUUACACUACAUGGCCAAAACUAUAUAAAACUUCAAAUGAUUUAGUUCAGGUGUUUCAGUUACAUCCAGUUGUGUAGAUCUCCAACAUUAUGGCAACAGUUUAAGGGACUUUAUCUUGAUGGACCUCACUUUGGCACAGGGGAAUGACAAGUUUGGUGUGGAUUAACCACAGUGGCCUGCAGAGCUGUGACCUUAACCUCAUUCAACACAUUUGGUAUACAUUGGAAUGUGUGUUUUGAGCCAGGCCUUCUCCUCUAACAUUGGUGCCUAACAUAGCAAAUGCUUUUUCAGCUGAAUGGGCACAAAUUCUCACAGAUCUGUUCCAAAUUUAUGUGGAAAGUUGUUACAGCCACAAUAGGGAAUGGGGCAACUUCAUAUUAAAAGCCAUGGUUUUGGAAUAGGUUGUCCAACAAGCUAUCCGCAUACUUUUGUAUAGUGUACUAGUGUACUAGUGUAUUUUGGGCAAAGUGUGAUAUUAAUUGUUAUGACAAAUAUAGCACAUUUACACACAAAUAAAAAGAGCACAUGAAAUCUAAUGAAA